UUUAAAAUUACAAAAUUUCGCGCAUUUAAUUAUUUUACAACAGAAAAGUGCUAUGACAGUAAUUAAAGCAGUGUACUUUUUAAAAUGUCUCACAUUGUCUACCAAUUAUACGGACCAAUAUUUCGUAUCUGGCUGACAGUGUUCCCGUUCGUCGUAGUCCUAGAACCAGAAGACAUAAAAAAAGUCCUGGGCAAUUCGCGCAAUUCUUCAAAAGUGUUUUUAUACGGAUUCCUGCACAAUUUUCUGGGCAAGGGUUUAUUGACAAGUGACGUAGAGACUUGGAAGAGCCAUAGAAAAAUUAUGCAACCGGCCUUUCACUUAAAUGUCCUGGAUAAAUUUGUCGGUUCUUUCAAUCACGCGGCUCGUAAGUUGGUCGAGAGCUUUUCAAGUGCGGGUGAAUGUCCAACUGACAUCACUAAUGUGAUUAAUGACUGCGUAUACGAAGUUUUAAAUGAAACGGUAAUUGGUAACGAGCGACAACCUGGUAAUAAAUUAUUAAAUAGCAAAGAUUCACCAUUCAGACAAGGACAGAUAUCAUUAUUUUAUCGCUUAUCUCAUCCAUGGCUGAUAUUCGAUUGCUUUUACAAAAAAACAGACAUUGGAAAAAAAGAGGAGAGACAUUAUCAAGUUUUAUUUGAUGCCUGUAAAAAAAAAAUAAAUAAUAAUGAAGAAUUAAACAAUAAUGAUUGCAAUGCAAGUUCUCUUCUUGAAUUCAUGAUAAAGACAAGUGCGAAAAAUUUAGAAUUUACAGAGCAGGAUAUUGUCAACGAAUGCUGUACAUUUAUGCUCGCGGGUCAAGACUCGGUGGGUUCAACACUUGCAAUGACAUUAUUUAUGCUAGCGAAGUAUCAAAAGUGGCAGAGUAAAUGUGUCGGAGAGUUGAAUGAUAUAUUUGGUUGCGAUUCAAGAGAUCCGAGUUUUAAAGAUUUGAAAGAUAUGAGAUACUUGGAGAUGGUUAUUAAAGAAACUAUGAGACUUUAUCCAAGUGUUCCAAUGUUCGGUCGUGUUCUUGGUGAAGAUGUUAAAAUUGGUAAACACGUUAUUCCAAAAGGAUGUUCAGUGCUCAUAUUCCCACAAACAACUCAUAGAUUAUCGCACCACUAUCCAAAUCCUCAUGAAUUUAAUCCAGAGAAUUUUAAUUCUGAUAAUUCUGCUAAAAGACAUCCGUAUGCAUACUUAGCAUUCAGCGCUGGAUCUCGAAACUGCAUUGGUUACAAAUUUGCGCUACUUGAAAUGAAAUCAAUCAUCAGCAAAGUACUGAGACAUUACCAACUGGAACCAGUUCCAGGUAAAGAAGAAUUAGUAACUAAAUUCCGAGUUACUGCACGUGCUAAAGGCGGUCUUUGGAUUAAAAUAAAACCACGAAUGUCUUACCAAGUGUACAAUUAAAAUCAAUUACUUCUUCACAACCCAUUGUAACUACGUCAUAAUUUUUGUACUUAUAUUUAUAAUUA